AUGCCGAAAACCGGAUUGCUUUCGGUGCGUGCUCGAUGCGAUGGAAGAUUUGAUUUCUUCCUCGCCUUCGGCUUCGACGUUCUCGUCUCCGUCCGUCUUGCCCUGGCUCGCUGUGGUGCUGCUGCUGCUGCUGCUUUGCGUUCAUUGCAGCACUCCUUCAUCCAUAAUCGCUUUCUAACCCGGCUGUUUUCCAAGCCCCAAAGCGACUGUGAAUCUGCAGAUUCUCUCCCAUAUAACUACCUGUGUUUUACUCGCUGCGACCCAACAAGCACUUCCUCAACUUCACCCUCCGGAGGAAUCCAAUAUACUCAGCGGGCCGAGUUUCUGAUUUCUUCUCGUCAGGGCUUUUCCUCUUCAAAUCCAUUUGGUGGGAUGUCAACCACAACAGCAUACACUGGAGGAGAAAGCCUUUUCCCAGGACCUGGACUAGGCCUUGCUGUAGAUGGCGGUCGUGAGAGCCCGUUCUCUCACAACCCUUUUUCAACCACCAUUACGGAGGAGGAUGAAGAUGUAGGCCAAAGCCCGACCACGCCAAGCUUCCGGCCAAAUCCCUUAGUAAAUCCCGACCCAUCGAACCUUGGAAUGCUGUCGUCAUCCCCGGGUCAGGGACAGUCGCUAUUUUCGCCACGCGCGAGGUUUGGUUUUGGUAACGACCAACCCCCACAUGGUCCCCCAGCCAACAACCACCUGCACCCCAAUUCAAGCUUCAUGAACUCUUCCACGGGUGGUGAUUUUCCAUCAAAUUACAACAUGGGUCGACGGACUUCUGUCUCUGCCGAAUCUCUCAUCCCAUCUUCUUCAACGGAAGAAUGGACGCCCCCAGUAUACCCGAAAACCGCUGAGCAACUUGAGCGUCUCAAAGUGGCUGUCUCAGGGAACUUCUUGUUCAUGCAUCUCGACGACGACCAAAGCUCCCAAGUGCUUUCAGCUCUCAUGGAGAAACCGAUCCCUGGAAAGGGUACUAGAGUCAUUACCCAAGGCGAUGUCGGUGACUACUUUUAUGUGGUUGAGCGCGGCUCGUUUGAUAUCCAUGUAAACCCUGCCGGCAGCAUGCUACCAGGCACAGAUGGAAUGGGCCAGAAAGUCAACGAGAUCGGCCCUGGAGGCUCGUUUGCUGUCCUGUGGGCUCUCGACCGUGUCACCUUCCGUCGUAUCUUGAUGGAGAAUACGUUCAAGAAACGGAGAAUGUAUGAAGCAUUCCUUGAAGAGGUUGCUCUUCUAUCUUCUCUCCUCCCCUAUGAACGGUCAAAGAUUGCGGAUGCACUGGAGAGUGUGACCUUCCAAGCCGGGGAGACCAUCAUCAGACAGGGUGAUCCUGGUGAUAACUUCUACCUCAUCGAAUCGGGAGAGGCAGAAGUGGUCAAAAAUGGUCUUCAAGAGGCUGUUAACAAGCUUGGGAAAGGCGACUAUUUCGGCGAGUUGGCGUUGUUGAACGAUGCGCCACGUGCAGCCAGCGUGAGGGCGAUCACAAAGAUGAAGUUGGCAACGUUGGGUAAGGAUGGUUUCCAGCGAUUGUUGGGGCCUGUGACGGAAAUCAUGCGGAGGAACGACCCCAGGCUGGCCGAAGGCGUGGAUCCGCUAGCUGAAGCUGGCAGCCCCGGAUCUCCGGGAGGCUUCGAUGGUGGAUUGGAUGUUUUUGGGGAGGCGGCUGGUAGAGGUAGAGCAGUAGAGGUGUAG